CUUGGCCUCUAGACUAACGACUAUAACUCCCAUCCCAUCCCCUAUAAAUACUCGUCAUCCUUCUUUUAUUCACGCAACAUGAACCUCUGAGAGACCGACCUAUAAGUUAUUCACACAACCCUUCCUUCACUUUGAUCGCGUUAUGUAUUCAACCAGACCUCUUCCUACGACACUACAACCCUCGCGCAUUUUAAGCGGUCACCUCAACAGCCUCGAAGACGAUACUUGGAGCCCUUUCCAUGAAGCCCUCGGAGAUGCAGUGCGACAUCUGCUUUCGUACUGGCGGACAGAAACUGCCACUUCUUUGCGCCACCGAUGCGCGGAAUAAACUCUAUGAGGCUCGAAUACAACAUGCCCACGCCCUCCUCGAAAAGGACGCCCUCGACCAAGAAAUAAGUACCCUCCUUUCACUCUCGACCGUGGAGGAGCAGCAGGAUAGGCCGAUGUCACCCGUGAAUCAUCACACAGUAGCAAGUGUACAAAGCGAGAAGGAUAGAGUGGCAGAUAGAACUCAGCAGAUUAUUGCUCAUGCAGAUGAGUUCCGGGAAAAGGUAGAGAAAGCCAGAGCUGAAGUGGCAAAGAGGAAGGCUAGCAUUGCUCUGAGAAAAUCGGAACUGGCAUCUGCAUCAAAUGGAGUAGACGCUCGUAGAGCAAGACAACUUGAAGAUGUUGGGAAGUCCAUCCGUAUCACAAAGUACAACUGGGAGAAGAUCUCCAGCCAGUUUACUACCUCGCGGGCAUAUUUGUGCGGCGAGGCCGCAAAGUUGUACGGAUUACGGCGUAACAAAAAUAAUGCUGAUGGACAGGAAGAGUACGAGAUAGGUCGUGUGGGAAUCGUUGAUCUGAGAGCACUAAACAGUCAGUAACCCUCAGAAUUCAAAAGUUUCCUUGCUAACUACCCACGUAGCUGCGAGCCCGGCUCAGAUAUCAACUGCCCUUUCCCAUAUUGUUCACCUCCUUAUGCUAACGAUGCAUUACCUGGCUAUACGACUUCCCGCCGAGAUCAACCUUCCCCAGCCAGAGCAGCCUCAGCCUACAAUAUAUCCCAUUAUUUCAUCGUAUUUGCCCAGACCACCGCAGUCUCCGAACAACAAUUCCACGCAAUCCUCCAACCCGAGUCCAACUUCGUCGCGGCACGAGCAACAGAAUGUAAAUCUACCUCGUCCCAGACUACUACAUAUCACAAAGCCACUUCCAAUGCUUUUACACGAAGACCCUGCUGCCUAUGCACUGUUUAUCGAGGGCGUUAGUUUGCUAGCGUACAACGUCGCAUGGGCUUGUAGGAUUCAAGGAGUCUCCGUGGGCGAGGAAUCUAGCUUUGAUGAUAUCUGUGAUAUUGGCCGAAACCUAUACAAUCUUCUUAUUGGAACGAAAGCUCGCUCUCAGCCAUCAAGUCGGGCUUCGUCGGCACAGUCUACGCCAUUGAAUAAAAGUAACGGAAGAAGUGAACCGGAGGAUAAGAAUGCAAACUCAGAACGUCUGAUGGGUAAAUACUCCCAUGGAACAGCAUCCCAUUUCGCUGGAGGAGCCGAAGCAACCGAGUUCAUCCGCAGCUGGAAACUACUUAAUCCCAAGGUAAUUGCAGACAAACUCAGAUCACUAUUGCAAAGUGAAGUCGCAAACAAGGAAUGGGAGCUUAUAGAUGAAGGUUCAUGGGAAAUCGACAAUCAGAUGGGAGAUGAUGGAGUUGUCGUUGGUAGAGUCGCAGGGGGAUCAAGAGAUGGGGAUGAUCUUGACACGCAUUCCAAGCUCAGAGGAGUCGAACAGAGCUUUAUGAGUUGUAGGACCGUGGAUCCUUCGCAGGCUGUUGAUGGCACCGGUGACAGAAAAACUGGAACUAGUGGAUGGACGAAGCUGAAGCCUAGGUAGUGAUGAUACUACAGCCUCAUGUGUUCUCUUGCUUCACAUGGUCGUGGGUAAAGCUUGGGAAAUUGGAAUGGGAAUGGGAAUGGGGGAACAUGAUGUAUUACUCGGGUCGGCAAGAAGAAUAUUCUGGACUCAGUUGAUUAGUGUGUAGGUUAGGUAACAUAUUCAAUCACAUCUUGGAUGAUGUGAAUGGAAUAUCAUUCUGGAUGGAAGCCACCUAGGUUUUCGGCUUUUAGAUAAUGAGUUCAUACCCCGUUUUAUUAAACUAUAGAAUACACAGUACAC